AUGUCUCGCAGAAAAUCGAAUAUGGCCACGAGCAACUCCAACGGAGACGGGGGUCAGGAAAAGCAGAAGAUGCUGUUGUCCUCUGAGCACGGCCACUUUAGCUUGGUCAAGGCCCUUCACCUCGCUGAUUUGGUCACGGAGCUCAACGUCAUGUCCGUGUUUUCGUCAAUGCGCUACUGUCUUGGUGACCAAUCUGAUUACAGUGCGAUGUGGGCUGCUCUCGGCUUCAUGCCAUUCGGUCUUUUCUUCGACUUCAUGGAUGGCAAGAUUGCCCGGUGGCGCAAGAAGUCUUCGCUGAUGGGUCAGGAGCUGGAUUCACUCGCUGAUUUGAUCUCUUUCGGUCUCUCUCCCGCAGCGGCCGCAUUUGCAAUCGGUAUUCGUACCUCGCUUGAUCACUUCCUCCUCGCCUUUUUCGUUCUCUGCGGCUUGACCCGCUUGGCUCGUUUCAAUGUCACCGUGGCCGUCUUGCCAAAGGACAAGACUGGAAAGUCAAAGUACUUUGAAGGCACUCCCAUUCCCACGACUCUGUCCAUUGCAUCUCUGAUGGGAUACUGGGUGUCCCAAGGCUGGACUCACGAAAAUAUUCCUCUUGGAGUCGCUGCUCAGGGUACCAUUUUCGAGUUUCACCCUGUUGUUCUGUUGUUUGUGUUGUCCGGCUGCUUGAUGGUCAGCAAAACGAUACACAUUCCUAAGCCUUAA